GCCACGCCACGCACCUCCACGCUCGCACACACCGCACACACGCGCACGUCGCCGCGCGGGCCUGACUGGAUUACCUGCACGGCCUGCACCGCCUGCACCAAGAUGCCGGAACUGGUUCAAGUGGACGCGGGCGCGGCGUGCACCCCCUUCCUGCACGACAUCAAGCCCCUGCCCGAGGAGCAGCACGCCGCGCUGCUCAAGAAGGUGGACGCCACGCCAGAGUCCCUCAAGCGUGACGUCAAGAUCCUCCGGGAGUGGUUGGCGCAGCAGCCCCACCUGCCGCAGCUCGGAGAGGACUUCGACCCCUGGCUGAUCCGGUUUCUGAUUGGGUCGAAGAACUCCCUCCAGCGCGCCAAGGAGUACCUGGAAAAAUACUGCACAUCCCGCGCGCAGCGCGCCGAGCUCUACACCCAGGGGCCAUCCCCCGGCGUCGAGAACCUGUUCGCCCUGAUUAAGUCCGGCGUGCUGCCCGUGACGACGCCGCAGGGCACGCGCAUGGUCAUCACCAAGUUCACCAAGGAGGUGGGCGAGGACCCGUCCAAGAUGGACUGGGGGAUCUACUUCAAGCUCACGGUCCACAUGGCCGACGUGUUCCUGGGGUCGGAGGGCCACCCCGUCGACGCGGAGAUCUGCAUGGACCUGGAGCACUUCACCGUGGCGCUCAACAACUCGUUCGUCGCAAACCUCAGCCUGUUCAGGCAGUUCGUGGACACGGCGCAGGGCUCGGUGCCGCUCCACUACAAGGCGGUGCACCUCGUCAACGCGCCCGGCAUCAUCAAGACCGUCAUCGCCAUGGUCAGGCCCUUCCUCAAGGACAAGCUGGGCGAGCGGAUCAUCGUCCACGACACCGUGGAGAGCUUCCACAAGUGCGUCGACAAGGCGUGCUUGCCUUCGGACUACGGCGGCCAGGGCAAGACUCUGCAGCAAAUGUGCGACGACUGGCACCUCAUCAUCCACACCAACAUGCCCUGGAUCCUGGCGCGGCAGGCCAAGCUGGCGGCGGACGAGAGCAAGCGCGUGGGCGGCAAGCCCCGCCAGGACGACUUCGGCGUCGAGGGGUCCUUCCGGAAGCUGGCCGUGGACUAGACGCAACGGCCGCCUCGUGACCACGUCGACCUCGCCGACCUCGCCGACCGACCGACCGGGCAACCAGCUUGGCGCCAGGUGGCUGCCGGGUGCCUCUUGGUUGCUGACGAGGGCCUCGGGGACCCCUGCGCAGCGCUGCGCCAUCGGCGUUGUAGGCAACGCGCCUCGCGCGGCCGUGGGCGGGGUUGCCUAUCCGCUGGCCGUCAGGGAGUCAGGGAGCCUCCCCGGCGUGACACAGUGCACGUGGCGCCCGGAGGGGAGCUUCGUGGCCGCCCCAGCCAGACGAGGUCAAAAUCAGAAUGGCCAUAACGACGUCGAUGAUAUGAAUUUGAUGAAUUUUGUCCCAUAUUUCCGAAUGCUGUUCGAUGAAUUGGCGUCGUUUUGACCCCCUGACUUGCACUCCUCUCACUGGGGCCUCGAGAUCUCGAGAUGAACAGACAUGACGUCAUCGCCGGGGGGGCGUGCAUGUCGCAGCCAAAGACUGUUGUGGAGUGGUGAAUGUUGCUCCAAAAAGACCCACGGCUCGGGAUUUAAAUUGUCUUGCCCCCGAGUUUUAUUGAUGCUUGUUGUUAGUUCCGAAAAGCUCGUGGCGUUUGUGUAGCGAAAGUUGUUUCGUCACUGGACGAUGUUGCUGUAUUUUUAUUUUAGUAUGACGCAAAGGAUGUGAUAUGUAUGGUGAUGUUAAAUGUGCAUUUUUGUAUGAAUAAAGGCGUAGACAUUAGUAUUUA